CUUCCGUUCCCACUGGCGCAGCAAAGCGAGCAGUGUUGUUAGCCAGCUCGGUAAUAUGGGCUGCUGCCGUGCCCGUUUGGGGUCAUUAUCCUGCUAGCUGCCUCCAACAAAAGCUGCAAUUAAAAGACAUAAAUGUGAUCCGCUGGGGUAGAAAACAUUUCUGAUGUCCCAGGAUGCCGUUUGUUGUAGCUAGCCAGGUAAAGCAGCGGCUUUGUAGCAGCUAACGUUAGCUAGCCAACUUUAGCCAGUCGUCUUUCCUGUUUACGUUACUUUUCGGUUCCACGCAGCGCGCUGACCCGGUCACUUAGUCUGCAAACAGCGCACAACUGGUGACCCAGAAAAGGUCAGCGAAUGGCUAAAGGUCGAAAACGAGGGAAUGCCCGUCCUCAGGCAAAUGGACCUAGAUUUAGGAUGCCUCCUCCAGGUGGGCCUCCACUCCCCGACGAGCUUUGGGGAAGGCCUGCACAUCCAGGUGAGUUUCGUGGUCACCCGCCCCAUUCAAUGGGUCUCCCUGGACCGAGGAUGCCACCAGAGCGAUUUCCAAUGGGCCCACCCGACUUCAGACCUCCCUGUCCCCCGCCGAGGGAGGGAGAGCCGUAUAUUCAUGACGAAUUCAUGAUGAGAGACGCGUUCAUGCACAGAGAUUUCCACCGGCCGGCGUUUGAAGGUGAUACACGCUACCUCCAUCCAGACUUUGAGGGACGACCGAGCGGAUAUCACCCGUCAGAGUUUGAAGGUGGCCCCCCCUACCCUCAUCCAGAUUUUGAAGGCAGACCACCAGCGUAUGAUCGUGGACCUGAGCAUGACUUUUACCCACCACCAUAUAAAGCUGGGCCAACUGGUUUUGACCCUCCAGAAUUUAGGGGUGGACCACCAGACUUCCACCCCCCUCGGUUUGAGAGAGAAGCUGGGUAUCCAGUAAUAGAUUCUGCAUAUGGGCCAGCGGAUGCUUACAGUGCACCGGACCCACAUUAUCCACCGCCCGUGGAAGUCCGUGGUGAUCCUGCCUUUGGAGCAACAGGAGAGUAUUUUGGGCCUCCACCAGAUUUCAUGGGACCGGGACCAAGACCUGGACUGUUAGGCCAGGAUGUAGCUACUACAGCUCCCCCUCCGCCUCCAUGUCCACCUCCCAGCGUUCAGAAUGAUGCCAGUCAGCAGGCAUCCAAGCAGACAAAGAAUGAAAAUACUAAGACUACGGCUUCAAAGACAACAACAUCCACAGUCAAGAAUUUAUCAAGAUCUGUCAAACCUCCUCCAGGACGAUCCAUGGGAGUAAUUUCGUUUAUUGGUAGCAAUUAUGGGUUCAUUGAACGCGAGGACCUGAAAAAAUUCUCUUUCCCCUUUGAUGCCUAUUUUGGAAAACGGGAACAUUUGGUCCCUGGGGUUAAAGUGCAUUUCACAGCAGUCAAAGAAUUGGGAAAAGAAUGUGCCACUGAUGUGAAAGUUGCCCCGGGAGGGACAGAGGAGAUUGAAGAGACAAUCUAUGAAGGAGUGGUCACUACUGUCCUUCCAGAUAGUUACGUGUUGGAACCUCACCCUGGCCGUAUUAGAACCAUUAUCUCUACUGACCCCAUUAAACUACCUUUUGGAAAGACAGACACAAAAGCCACUCUACUACUGUUUGAUCGAGUGAAAUUUCAGCUGCUCACAGAUAUUAUUUCUAAAGAAAAUAGAGCCACAAACAUCAUGCCACAAAUACCAGAAACAUUUCAGCUCACCAAGGAAGUCAGGGAAAGGGGUGUGGUAAUGAAUAUCAAGGGUGAAGUCUGUACCAUCAUGGCAAAGAGAAAUGAAAACCUCACUGCUUCUGUCAAAGAGAAUCUGUCAGAUGAUGAACUCAAUGUUAUGGAUGAGGUGGAGUUCACAGCUAUGACUGUAAAAGACACUGUGAAAGCCAUCAGACUGAAGAAGCUUCCUGAGGGCUCAGUGUUCUUUGAUUCACAAGCAAAAAACAGAAUUGCUGAAGCAAAGGAGAAAAUCACCGACCCCUCUGCAGUCAAAGACAAGUGGAAACCAGUGACCUCGGAGGUCAUUUCUGAAGACGGAGUUAGUGAAGACACGAACAGUGAGAAGUAUGAGGGAACCAUCUUCAAAGUCAUCACGAAGAAUUCCAAAGAAGAGGGAAUGGAGACGGAGGAACAGGAACCUGCCCAGGGUCUUCUCGACUCCACAGUGGCAGGCACACACAAACGCUUACCCUUUAGGUCAGGUGAUGUGAUCACACAAGCCACUAUGAUGGUUGGCGACAAGGUCCGUUUCAACAUCUCUAUCAACACGGACACCAAAGAAGAGCGUGCAGUCAACAUUGAGAUCCAGCCAGACAGCCUUCACACAGAUUCGGCAGAGCAACGCAGGAUAGGUGUUGUUGUAAAAUUGGAUGAUAAUUCUGGGCUCAUCAAGACUCCGCAGGACCCACAACUGGUUUUUGAUCUGAGUGAGGUCCUGGAAUCUACCAAGCUCACUUUGUCAGAAAAGGUUGAAUUUACAUUAGCAGUGAAUGAAGGAGCUGAAGGGGGUAAACGAGCCAUCAGAAUCAGGAGGCUGACUGAGAGUGUCUUCACAUCUGUGCCAAAGUUAGACAGCCUUGGAGAGAAAGAGAAGAAGAAAAUGACAAUCAAAUUGUUGAGGGGUCCGAAAGAGCAAAUCAAUAACGGGGUGAAAAAAGAGGUCAAGAAUGGUGACUUGGCUGCUGCCAGGAGACCAGAGAAGGGAAAAUCUGAAGCUUCCAAAGCUGUUAAACCAACAAAAUCACAAAAGCAAGACAUUAAAGGCAAGCAAGAGAAAGGUAAAACAGAGAGGGAGCAUAGCAGAGAAAACAGCCGACGCAGGUACAGUCGAAGUAGGAGCCGCAGCCAUGAUAGGAGUGGCAGCUACUACAGGAGGCAAAGGAGCUCCAGCCGGGAGAAGUGUUACAGCAGACACAGACGGAGCCGCAGCCACAGCAGAGAUCGGACACACAGAUACAAGCCUAGUCACAGCCACAGUCAUAGUCGCAGUAGAAGCAGGGAAAGGAGUGGUCGAAGUGGCAAGAAGAGAAGCCGUAGCCCAGAACACAGGAAUGACUCCCGCAGAGGACGAAGCAACAGUAAGGAGCGCAGCAGCAAGAGGCGAAGCAAAAGCCCUGAUAAGAAAACUGAGAGCCAAAAAUCUUCAUCAAAAUCUCUACCUAGCUCCUCUGGUUAUAUGGACCCAUCUUCUGAGGUUGUAGAUGAUGAAAUAGCACAGAAAAGGAAAGAGUUAUUGGAGCUCAAUGAGCUAAUAGCACGUAAAAGGGCAAUCAUUGCUAUGGAACAAAACACCAAAUCAUUUAAAGAUGUACUUGAAAUGGACAGAAAACAUGGGUUUGCCACAUUUGAUUACCAGCACAAAACGUGUCUAGAAAGCGCAUGGAUGCCUGACAUGAAACCAGCCAAGUCCAUUUUGAAGAAACACUCAGAUCCUCUUACUUUAUCUCAACAUCAGGCAAGUAAAAGAAGCUUGAGCCCAGAGGAGCCAGAAGGAUACCCGAGGAACAGUACUACCAGCCCAUUUGCUUGUUCAACGCCUACAUGGGUGAAUCAGAGUUCUUCCCCUGAGACUACAGAUCAAGAAUUAGCAAGGAAGAAGAGGCAGCUGGAAGAAUUAAGUGAAUCUAUAGCACGUAAAAGAGCAAUUGUGGCCAUGGAGCAAAAAGCUAAAACUAUUUCUGAUGAGCCUGACAUAAAAAAGGAAUAUGAUUUUGCUUCACGCUCUGACAAUUUGGACAUUUCAGCACCCAGCAAGGACACCUGGAGACUUGACAUAAAACCUGAUCCCCAGCCAAAGAAGUCCAUUUUGAAGAAACGAUCAGAAAUCCUCCCUGAUCAGCUGCAGAGUGAUAUGACUUCAACUGAUACACCUCCUUACAGUCAUACUAUAUUUCCCAGUUCUAAUCCCCCUCAAAAUGAUUACUCAGCUUUCUCCAAACCCUCUGGGUCUUCUCAUACCGUGCCUGAAAAAUCCAUUAAUCCACCAAAUACUGUUGAUAUUUUCAAGCGGUUGAUUAGUGAAGUUUCUACCAGUGCAUGUAGGAGUGAGUCCUCACCUUUUAAUAAUCCACCUGGCCUACGGUCAUCUUCCUCCAUGUCGAAUUCUGGAUCGUUUUACGGCCAAAAAAAUACAGGAGAAGCCAAAGCUGGUUGUUCAUAUGAAGACACAAGUUCUGCGUCACAUUCCCAAAGCCACCAGGCUCGUGAUAAAUCCUCCAUCAGUGAUGGACCUACAGUCCAGCCUUCAGGUUCAGAGCAGAAACGUAAUCUUGCCACACAAAUGCAACGUUUUCUCAGUGCUCUAAAUAAGGCAGAUUCAAAUUUGUUGUCCUCACUGUUGAGGGAAGCCAGAAAAGACUCAAAUUCUUUGGGUCAAACAAAUUCACAAGUUCGGUCAGGUAGAAAAGUACCCCACAAGGAUGAAAUGUAUGAUCCUUUCAAAGAAACAGAAGACAAUGAAGAUAACCCUUUCUUACUGGGGAGCAGACAGAGUAGGAUAUCUACGAUUGGACAAGUUGAAAACUGUUUGGAAGACCAUGGUGAUGAUGAUCUGUUGCCGCAUGAAAGAGCCGUGCAGGAUGGCAGCGGAUUUUCGAGAAUUGUCGGAAUGAAAUAUGGGACAGAAGCUAAGGCUGAGAAUCGGUUCCUUUAUGAAGAGAAAAAAGCCCCUGAGAGUCAAAGCAGAUUUUCAGAAGAGCAGAAACAGUUUUCAGAACAUGAUCGAUAUGAUCAGCACAAGAAUCGCUACAGUGAUUUUGAACAGCAGGGUCAUUCUGCGGAGGGCUAUCAGAAUCCGUAUUUGAAUACUCAAGAAUUGCGUACAGAUAAUAGAGAGAGAUACGAAAGACAAAAAGUGUCUGAGAGGUACAGGGUAGGAGGCAGCCAUAGCCCAGUGCAUCAGACCUCAGAGAACACCAGUGAAGAUACAGCCAAAAAGACAGAGCAUUAUGAAAAACUUCAGAAUCUACUGCAAACAAUUGGUCUUAAACUAGACACAGCAGAAGUUAGCAAGCUAGCUGACAGGACAAGGGAGCGGUUGUAUGGGAAGAAAGUGAAACCUCAGAGUGCAUCAUCUCACUCGUUUGAUCAAAAGGAUGAGCAGUCGGUGAGUAGAUAUAAUCGAAGAGGUAGUAGAGCAGAUUCCUCUGACUCUGAGGGAGUCCGUUCUGUAUCUCCUAAAAAAUCCUCCAGUCGUGAGGUUUACAUGACUUACAUGGAUUCUCUUAGGUCUCGAGACCAACAUGAUGAAGUAUCAGGUAUAAAGGAGAGGGAUCUGGUCAGUCUUAAAAGGACUAUUAAGAACAGUCCAGAGGCAACUCCAGAUUCAAAUCACCUUGCACCGUCAACAGCAAAAGUGCAUGAUUCUUACAAACCUACAACGGAGCUCACGUCAACAUCAGCUCAAUCUGUCAGUUUCUUUUAUACACAGAAAGCCACUGAAUCCUCAUUGGAUACACCCUACAUCAAAAGUAGACAGAAUUCCUGGGAGUCUAGCUAUCACUUGGAUGAAGACAAGAAAGGGAACUCUCAGGAUCUUGUGUCUCCCUACAGUUCAGUUCCUCAAAGUCCUCUGCAUUACACUGCUGGAAUUAAUAUACCACUUCCCAGUAUACCACCCCCCAGUGUACCACCUGGCUUUGGCACUUAUACAGCACCACUGUUCCCAGUCCCCCCUCCUUUUUCCACACCAAAUCCUUUUGGCCCCCCUCCAGCCCCUGUUUAUCCACCACCCCCAGGUCAAUUUAACAUGCCCUUGCAAACAGGAGGUUCUGGCUACGGCAUCAGUCAGGUUAAGAUCAAACCCACUGCCCCAACCAGAUGCCUUAAAACAAUCGAAACAGUAAAAACCCAGGAACCUGUUAGUACAAAACCUGCACUGGCCAAUGUACGCCCUGCACUUAUUAGCAUACAGCCCGUAGAAGAAACUCAGCCUAAAGACAGUCAAGGAGAAGAUGAAUCAAAACAAGCUGCACCUGUAAUGGAGGAUGACAUCAAAGCUAAACAAAAGAAGAGGCUGGAGCAGUUUAACCAGAGGAUGAGACUGAAGAAAGAACAACAAAUGGAAGCUCAGCGAACACAUGGACAAAGCCAGAAAUCAGCGCCAGGAAAAGUUACCCGAAACGAGGUAAAGAACGUGUGGAUAUGUGGCCACUCCCUGGUGUUCUGGGCUGAGAAGAGGGCUACAUCUCCUGAAUUUGGUAUGCAGCUUGGGAUGGACCCCAACUGUGUGCGGAUAUGGUGGAAGGGUGUGCAGGGCAUGACUUGGCAACAGCUUCUGCCCCAGCUGCUCCAGCUCAAAGACAAUUGGCCCAAACCAGAUGUGAUUCUCUUACACUUGGGAGGAAAUGACAUCGGCAAGUCCACCACAGAGGCCUUCCUGGCAGCAGUGAAGAAAGACCUGAUUUCGAUGAAGAGCAUAUUUCCUGAAUGCCUCCUGGUUUGGUCCAACAUCCUACCACGUAGGUCCUGGAGGCACUCGGAGGACAGCGCAGCAGUGGACAACACACGUAGGGCCAUUAACAAAAGCAUCUGCGGUAUUAUUACAGAGCUCAGUGGAUCUUCUCUCACUCAUGAGAACAUAAAGCCUGGAUUGGACACUGGCCUCUACAGACCAGAUGGGGUUCACCUCUCUGGUAAGGGAAUUGACACUUUCAAUUUGAACAUGCAAGACUUCCUUGAGAAGUGGGAGAGCGAGAUAAAUAAGGACGAGCCUUCUGAAAUAUAGACUUCUUUUAACAUGGUUCAUUUCAUAAUGCUGUUUUACUUUACUGUACAUUUUUUUGUACUGUGUAAAUGUCUUCGCAACUCACUCAUGUAUCUCUUUCGUACAUUGUUAGGGUUGGAUACCAACCUAAGGUUAUACGAAUGUCGCUGCAUGCUUUAAUGGAUUUAAAAAAAAAGUCUAUUGAAAGAAUGUUGGGAAAAAAAUCUGUGAUCUUUAAUAAACACCUACUCAAAUCUUUUUUUGAUUAGAUUAAAUUUGUUUUUAUUGAGUUAUGUUUAUUGAAAACAAAACUGUAAACAAGCAAGUAUGAAAAUAAAAUAAUACAGGAUUUACAACCGUGUCCGUUUAUUGAGGUUUUCUCUUUCCAGUUCCAAAAAUUAUUUGAAAACUUGGAUGUGCCUUUUGAACCACAGUAAUGUAGCAUGGUUUAAUACUGCUGAUCAAGCAGUAUUGAUCCCACUUUGUAAGAAUUGUGUAUGAGUGAGUUCUCAAUGCACCUUGAUGAUAAAUGCAAUCCUUGAGUUGUACACAUCAGCAUAAAAUGUUAAUUAAAGCAAACUUUUUCUACUCUGAUCAUUUGUAUUGUCUAAGAUUUACUGUCUGCAGCAGAGAUUGUAUUGCUCAUCGUAAUGUCCACUGGAUGCUACUAAAUGUAUUGUCCCUGUUCCCCUGUUGUCUCAGCAUGAAGCCGGUUUGGUGGUCUAUACAGUGGUUGCCUUUCUCUUCUGCAGGUGGUAAUGGGAGCCCUUAGCUUUCCCUAUCUUCUGGAUAGACUCAGAAGUUUAUGUAGGUUUGGAGCAUCUGAUGGACUGCACUGUACAUCUUCUGAAAACAGAGCAAAGGCUGGGCUACAAGAAGACAACACAGUCCUGAAGAGCAACUAUAUUUUAUCUUCAGAAGGUUCAUUUUGUAUGUGAAUAAUGUACUUACUUGAAAUCUGAACAAAAAAGCUUUUAUGUUGUAGUUGUGUAUUAAGUUCUGUAGAAAACACUGCCUAGAAGACCUUGAGAAACUUGUAUGAACUUUAUUGCAUUGUAGAACGUUGUACUGGUAGGACAGCAGUGCCAUGUUGAUAUGUUUGUUCUGCAAGUGUUUGGAUGCAUUAUUGGAAUGCACAUAAACCACUAAACAGUGGUUUAGGCUGAAGUAUGAUUCCCAUCAGGUGAUCCUGAUUUCAGGAUCCAAAUGAGACUGUAAGAGCAGCUGAUCACUUCAUUAGUUUAUUUUUAAUUUAUUGUGUAGCAAAACAGACCACUGUCUGAGCAUAUGGGGAAUAAAGUCAUCUGUUAAUACA